AUGAUAUUGUUACCUCUUCUCGUCGGCGUGACGCCCAUCUAUCCACCCGCAUACACGACGCCAGAGGGAGCUGUAGAUGCCACUCUCUCAGGUCUAGACGUGCUAUAUGCGGCUCAACAGAGGCAUGUUGCAAACAGUGAUGCGGCGAAAGAAAAAGUCGAAAGGGUAGUAGACAUGGUAGUGAUGGUACCACCCUGCGUCGAAAAUGUAUUCGGACACCCUGAGAAACUGCACAGGUUGAGCCAGCGUGCACAUGGUUUGUGCUACGGCGGGGGCAGCAUAGCCCGUGAAGCCGGUGACGCAAUCUCACACAAGAUGAAACUCCUCAACGCGAUUGCAUCUACGGAACUGGGUCUGUGGCCGCUUAUCCGCCCACGCAGUAUCGACUACAACACCAACCCCACAGACCAAGAACAGGAAAAGAAAGAAGACUUUUCAGAUGGAAAAUGGGAGUAUUACGCCUUCCACCCCGCAUUUAACAUCCACUUCGACCCUGUCUACACCUCGGAAUCAGGUCACACCGUCUUCGAAGCCAUCAUGAAGCGCAACAAUGGGAAAGAUUGGGAUGGCUACGUCCAAUCCUGGUUUAAACUCUACCCAGACAGCAGCGAGAAGCGACUCGGCGAUCUCUUUAUCCAGCAUCCCUCCGACACCACAUUAUAUAAACACUACGGUCGCGCAGACGAUCUUCUAGUCUUCCUUACGAACGAAAAGUUCUAUCCUACCGUGGCAGAGCAGCGCAUUGCAGGGUUCCCGGAGGUGGCUGAGGCGCUGCUGGUAGGUACGCGCAGACCGAAAGCGGCGCUUGUGUUGAGAUUGGAAGAUGGUGGGGUAGUGGAUGAUGCGCUAUGGGGGAAGAUUGAAGAAGUCAAUGGAAGCUCGCCGGUCUACGCGAGGGUGCAGAGAAACAUGGUACUUCUGGUUCAUGAACCCUUUUUGAGAACCGCGAAGGGAAGUGUAAAGAAAGUUGAUAUGGCUAGGACGUAUGAGAGGGAGUUGGAUUCUUUGUACAGAAGGGGAUGUUCGGAAGAGGCGGAAGAGAAAAGGUGA